AUGCAGCUCGCACCAGACCUCGACACUGGGCCCGCUCAGCUUGGUCGUGGCGGCGUGUGUGAAGGAUGCGCGGCCGAGCCGCUGGCGCUGCUACAGCGGCGCGAGAAGCAGGCAGCGGCGCGACACCCGGUCGGUCGAGUCUGGCCGUUCUCUCGACGCCGGCCGGAGGGAUACCACUCCUUCCUGGGCACGAAGUCGGACGAGAAGGACGGCUCGAUCCUCUUCAAGGUGAAGAACGAGAACCUCGUCUGCAACCUCCCGGUCCUGCCCAACGUCUACGCGAGCGGCGAUGUCGGCGGACCCCUCCGCCUCGACGUCGGGUGCGUCAAGGUCCUCGGCAACAAACUCUGCCCCUCCUGCCGCGCAUUUGGGUUGACCAACGCCGACAUCAUCCACGACGCGCAGUGCGCCGCGCAGGCGCUCAAGGAGAGGCGCGCCGCAGCGGCGAACGUCGCCAAGAAGAAGACCUUCGAGAGCCUCAUCGUCGACAACAAGGUCGAGGUCGCGCGCGCGGCGGGCAAGGCCAAGGCGAUGGCGGCGCGCGACGGGAUCGGCUUCUGCCCGGCCUUCAACCAGACCGCCCUCCCGUGCAAGACCGCCGCUCGCUGCCGCUACGCGCCGUGCGUCAACUUCGAGGCGCUCCUCCACUCCGCCUUCAAGGACACUAUCUACGAGCGCAUGCCGAGCGCGGUCAGGCUGGGCACAAGCCGCGGGCGGCGCGGGCGCGGCGGCCGCGGCCGCGGCGGCGGCGGCGGCGAGGUCAAGAGCAACAAGAAGGACUGGGCGAGCGUCGCCCGCGGAGCCGCCCGCUCCCCCUACGACGGCGGCCCACUCCUCGAGUCCAACGAGCCCUCGCUAUACGGGGGGAGCGACGAGGAGCUCUAG